AUGGCCACCGACAUUCAGCCACUCCCUCCUCAUCUCUCUGGUCAACUCGAUGUUCUAAUGAUCGAUAACUUCGAUUCGUUCACAUGGAAUCUCUACCAACAACUCUCUCUCCUCGGCGCAAACGUCACUGUCAUCCGAAACGAUGCGAUCUCACCCAAACAAUUCCCUUUGCUCAAACUCAACUCGCUCAUCAUCUCUCCUGGGCCCGGUCACCCUCAAACCGACUCUGGCAUCUCUAGAGACGCCAUCAACUAUUUCAAAGGCAAAGUGCCAAUUCUCGGUGUUUGCAUGGGCCUCGAAUGCCUUGUGGAUCUCCAUGGAGGACAGAUCGCUUAUGCUGGAGAGAUCAUGCAUGGCAAAGUUAGCCGUGUAAGACACGACAACAGAGGCUGUUUCAAGGACGUUCCUCAGGGUAUUGAAUCCAUCCGAUAUCACUCCCUGAGUACCCAGCUUGCUUCCUUGCCACCUGAGCUGGAGAUCACCUCAGCAACCGAGGAGUCGGACGUUAUAAUGGGUGUCCGCCACAAAGAAUAUACCCUUGAGGCUGUACAGUACCACCCGGAGAGCAUUUUGAGCAAAGGGGGAGACGAGCUCAUCGCCAACUUUUUAAAACUCCGUGGUGGUUAUUGGAAGGAAAACCCGGAAUUCCGGGUCGGGGACCCUUCCCUCCCACCUUUCCCUCUUGAAAACCCCAAGCCGCCUGCAAAUUACAAGGCGCGCAUGAGAGUGCAUUAG